AUGGCAUUAAAACCUCUUUUCACACUGUGCAUUAUCGUGUCAAAAGUCAGUGGGGAUUUCCCAGGUCAUGCCCUUCCUGGACUCCUAUUCUUUAUUGUGGCUUUUUGGUGGAGUAUGAAGAGUAUUCUGAAGUUUGUUUGUAAACAUCAAAAGAGAGCUUCCUUCCUUAUUACCAAAAAUUUUUUCACUCGAGCAGAAAUUUUGGAGGGAAUUGUGAUUAUUGGCAUGGUACUAACAGGAAUAAUUGGACUGUUUUCUGUGCUUAAAAAUGGAGGUCAGUAUUCAGAUAAAGAAUACCGGCUGAUUAAAAUCCUGCACUGGCAUCAUGUCGUCAUGUACACCUUCUUUGCAUUGCUAGGUGUGACCAAGAUCUUAUGUUUCACCAUUAGUUCACUUCCAGUCUCUUUGGUCAAGUUAAUGUUGUCAAAUGCCUUCUUUGUGGAGGCUUUCAUUUUCUUCAACCACAAUCAUGGCCGGAUGUUGGUGGAGAGCUUUGCGCAUCAACUAGUGAGCUUUGCUGGACUUUUGGCAGGACUGGUUGCCUUUCUAGAAUUCCUCUCCACAGAGAACAAUGUGGCUCUGGAGCUCAUGAGGUCAAGUCUUAUGAUGCUACAGGGGAUGUGGUUUCUUCAGCUUGCUUUUAUCCUGUUUCCCAAAGAUAGAGCUCAUGCAUGGGACCUGGAAGAUCACAGUAAUGUAUCACUUCUUGCCGUGUACUUUGGUUUUUAUUAUGCAGUGACCUAUGUCAUCAUUGGAAUUAAUUUCGUUCUUAUUACCUGGCUCGUUAAGUGGAGGCUUAGCAAGUCCUGCCUCUCAGACGUUCAACUUCUAAAAUAUCACGAACAGCAAGAAGAACCAGAAGAUGAUAUGUGAUUUUUGUGCCCAAUUACUUUAAUUCUCCAAG